GGGAACCAAUGGGCGCGGCCGUAACGCCGGUGGCGCUCGGCGCUGCUCUUUCGCGGGCGGAUUCUGGGGUGGGGCGGCAGCGGGAGCGCGCCCGCCUUUCCUAGGCCAGAGGGCGGUUGUUGGUGGCUCCGCGACUGGGCGCCGCGUCACGUAGGUUACACACACAAUCACUCCCCAGGAACGGCCCGGAGUCCGUCCAGGCAGCUGCGCCCUCCCCAGACGCGGGCACCGCGGAGGCUGGAGCCGCAAUGGUGCUGGUCGAGGGCGGGAGAUGGAGCUGACCAGGGGCCGGAGGGGCUGAGAAGAGCCUGCCCAAGUCUGGGCCAAGCACGAAGGCCUUUCCCACCCGUCGGGCUCUUGGGUUCCCGCCAGCCGAUUUCCAGCCGUCAGGGUCACGCCACUCGCUGGAAACCCUGAACUCUGUGCCCCCCCAAGCCCUGGGCCCCCUGCGGGAAUGUUCAAAAAUGAGUACCAGGGAGGUGCAUUUGUUGAAAUUUUCAGUGCUCAAGGAAAAAAUCCUGGAGCAAAAUGGAAGAUCCUUGGUAGUCCAUCUGUGAUUUGGAAAGAGUUUGAUAAAGAAGUUAAAAGUUUUGUGUUUGUCCUGGAAGGCAGCAGCCAAACAAACAAAAUUCAAUUACCAAAGGAGAAUAAGCAAAUCCUUGGAUUGAUCCAGAGGUUUCUUGUGCUUCAGAUUUAUGUACCCCUGGGACAAGACUUCUCCACUGAAUUGCUAAUUACUGAUUUAGGGAACAUCAAAAGAAGAUUAUAUUUAUCAACGGUCCAUAAGGAACUAUCCUCCACCCCUCUUCAUGCAAAAAUUCCACUCUUCAUGAUCAAACGUAAAAUUUGGUGCAAUCUAUGCAUUGACUUAGUAGCAUUCACCAGUGAAAUAUUCAAGGGGGCAGUUUUCCAGUCAUUGGAUGGAAUUAUUGUCUCAGCUAACUGUAAACUACGGAAGAUCUUCACCUUAAAAUCAAAGCCACAAGACACUGCUGAUAAGGAUGCUGUCUGUGGUGUUCCCUUUUCAACAGAUGAGCCUACAGAUAUUAUACCACGAAGCUGUCAGCUAAUGACAGAUGUUCCACAUGUCACACAGCUGCUAAACAUGACUAAACUUCGCCAAUCUGAAAUAAAAUUUGGAGGCCAUCCUCUAAGAUCAGCAGAAUCAGAUCAGUUCAUUAACAGAGGAACAAGCAGUACACGGAACAGUAAAAAUCAAGAUGUUUGUCAUAUCGCAUUUGGAUCCAAAGUUCUUGGGCCACCUCCACUCUCUGGCAGAAGGAAUAACAUGAGGAUAUCCAGCGAGACAGUGAGAUCCGUUGGGUCCAAAAAUAACCGAUCAUGCCAGCCAUCCACUGUAGAGAAGUGUGUUAAUGGUACAGAAACGUCAGCCUUGCUGAUACCUGAGUCUGAGGAGCAAGGAAAUAAAGAAAAUAUUCACCGAAUAAAGCAGACUGUACCUAUUCAUGCAGCCAAUCUACAUAUUAUGCAUCCGCAUCCCCCUCAAGAACCAUCAGCAGAUAAGAAUAAUAACAGAAGAAGAUUACGGUUAAAAAGUACCAGCAGAGAAGAGACAGAGACACCCAGCGGUAGCUCUUCAGGAAAUAAUAGGAGUGAAGAUAAAGCAUCAACUAUCCUCACCACUGUGUCCCAACAAGGAGCAGAGCUGUUGAACUCCAGCACUCUAGGACCCCAGUCUCCUGAUCAAUCAGAUGAGUGGAUCUUUCCUGAAAAUGCUGAUCACAUUUCGUAUCUGGCAUCCAGCAGACAGUCUCUACUUCUGGAUGAUGACUCCUGCAACCCAUCACACCUGUGGCUGGAAGCCAGCAAAGAGAGUGAACAUGACCAGCAGGCAGAGGAAUCCCAGAGUGUUCCAAAGGACAUUUUCACUUUUUCAUCAAGACCACGAUCAGCACCUCAUGGAAAGACUCAGACUAUGUCCCCAGAGGAGCUCCCAUUUAUUUUGGAUAUGAAAGAGGAUAACAGUGUGACAAGCAGAGACACCCAAUCAGAGGAUGAUUUUUACGGUGGCGACAGCAGUGAAGAGGGUAACCACAGUAUCCAGGGUUCUCGAGGCCCAACAACUGGUCCUUCAGAGUUAACUCAGUUAACAUUAGAGAGCCUGCUGGGGAAGGCUGCAAAGCAGACAAGUAAGGAAUAUCUAAAGAGCGCCUACACAGAAGCAGGAGCAACAGAAAGCCAGGAUUCCUCGGCGGAGCAAAUAGAUAGAAAAAACUUUCAAAUGAGUUUGUUGCCUACAACAUGCCUUUCUCCAGCUGGAAGAAGGUGUGGAUCCUGUCAGAAAACUCCAGACCCCGUAAUCAAAGCAAAGGAUCUAUCAGCCCAUCAAGUGCCAGCUUCACUAAACAAAACCUCCCUGAAAGAAAUCUCAGGGGAAAGGCUGAGCUUGAUCCCCGAAGCAUCUGAAUAUGACUGGCGAAACUAUCAGCCGAGCCAGAUGAGUGAAUCCGAGUUACAGAUGCUAGCCAGCCUACGGCGGCAACAAAAUGAAGAACUGGAGGUUGCUGGGACCUCCCAUGGCCUGAGUGCCUCCCAGGUGGACAACUGUAACGUCAGCAUAAGUACCAGCAGUGACGACACAACCACCUGGAACUCCUGCCUGCCACCCCCUGUCAACCAGGGUCGCCACUAUCAGAAAGAAAUGAACCCACCUUCUCCUUCUAAUCCCCGGGACUGGUUAAAUAUGUUGAGCCCACCAAUUGUUCCUCCCAGUCAACAGCCAGCUGAGCAGCGUCCAGAUUCUUCUGAAAGUUUGAGUGUUCAAGGUGAAGAAGACCUCAGUGUGGAAGAGAACGAGGAAAUACUGACUUUGUUGUAUGACCCUUGUCUGAACUGUUACUUUGACCCCCAAACAGGGAAAUACUAUGAGUUGGUAUAAUGCCUCCUGCCAGGGCAGAGAACAGGCACUCCCAGCUGGAGCAGAAUAGCAGUUCAGGGUCACUUAAGGAGUCACCACAACUUGUGUGUUUGGUAACCACAGAACCAACAGUAACUGAGAGAAACGAAUUCAUUUUGUAAAUAAUGUUCCAUGUUAAGAAUACCUAUACUCCUUUUGUUGAUGAGUAUGAUUUUGAAACUGAAGAAAUUAAUACAGAGGCAAGAUUUUAGGAGUUUGAAUUGGUUCUUGUUUGUUCUCAUUCUACAUAUAAUUUUGUUUAUUUCAGAUAAUUUUAUGUAAACAAAUUAAGAGUUAUUCAUUCAAAUUUUUUACAGUGUUAAUCUGUAAAUGAUGGCUUGAUAUACAGAAAAUGUAUUUUUGUUUAAAAGAUCCCUGGGUGCCUUUUAUUUUAUGACAUUUGUAUUAAAAAUAAAGUAUGAUGGUAAGAAGAA